UUCCUGAACGUACUGCAUCGACAAUGGAUCUGAUUUGUAUGGUUUUCCUUCUUGUUCUGGCUGGACCCAGCAUACGACAAACGGCAUCAACAAACACGUCCUCAGUUCUCUAUCCAUAUGGACCCUCUGUCAAUGAUGUUCUACUGCCGCCAACAUACGAUAGUCUAGAAGAUAUUGAGACUCCCACCCCGAUUCCACUCUUUGGAAGUUCUUUCUCUACAGUAUAUGUCUAUUCUGGAGGUUUACUGCUAUUCAACUUUCAAGAGAAUUUAGAUAUGUACCUCCCCAUAACCAACGGUCCCACAUUCUUAGCGCCAUUCUGGGCUGAUAUAGAAACAUCAAAUGAAGGAGAAAUCUAUAUCGGGACUAACACAAGCUUACAACUUCUGUCACAAGCAACAUCUGAUGUCGGCUCGUACUUCCCGGGUCUGAAUUUCUCUGCCGGAAUGGUUUUGGUGGCAACAUGGGUGAAAGUUCCUUACCAUUUUUCUACAUUUCCAAGCAAACAGGUGAACACGUUUCAAGCUGUUCUCAUCACAGAUGGCACAGAUACUUUUCUUUUCUAUAACUACGCUGACCUCCAAUGGCCGACAACCAACAUGGAAGAAAUAGCCCUGGCUGGUCUAAAUAGUGGCAGAACCACAGGCUACUACCAGUUACCUGGGUCACACACCACGGACAUACUGAAAUUGGCAAACACGAGCAAUGUUGGUGUUGCCGGCCGUUGGGUCUUUAAAGUGGAUAGACUUCAUCCAGAAGAUCCCAGUGGAAUUAUAGAACGCUCCAGUUCGGGUGGAAGACGUUCUAAGAUAUUGCUUCAAACAAGAAAGAAAUCUAUCGGCAACUGA